AUGACAAAGGCCAGUCAGGUUAUUUAUGAUCCCGGUGCACCGCUGCCCAAGGCUGACGAUUCAAACCAACUAGUAAUUCUCCCUGGCAAGAAGCGAAAAGUACACGAUGAUGGUCCUUUGCCGAAGAAAAAGAGUGCCACUGGUGGAAAGAAGGGUAAAAACUUCGCCAAAGAAAAGGAAAAGCAAAAGGUUACGAAGAAGAUGAAGAGACAGUUGGCUGCCGUCCAACAGCGAAAGGCAAACAAACUAACGCAAGAGGAGCUGUUCGCAAGUCUGGCAGAAUACCAAUUGGAUUCGAAAAAGCUGAGUCAGCUUGCUUCAUCUAGUCAUAUGCAGGACAAAAUGAAGAGUGCCCAUACCAGCAAUGAUGACGAUGUUGACAGUUUUCCAAGUCGAAUAAAGGUGUGCUCAUCGAAAGUAAAACUUCCUGCAACUAUUCAUCAAAAGGAACGUGUUCAAGAAAAUUAUUAUCCUACUGACGAUGAGGAUUCUGAUGGUAGCGAAGAUGAUGACAAUGAAGUUGUGGUUUGUGAUGAAACGCCGUCGUCAUCCUCCACCCAGUUAGCAACCUCUGGAAACAGAAGAUUAGUUUGCCAUCUGGCUCAGAAGAACCCGGCACAUGUUCGAAGGCCAAUAAUGAAGGUGCUCCGAUUCCCGCACAGUGCCCACACCAGCAAUGAUGACGAUGUUGACAGUUUUCCAAGUAGAAUAAAGGUGUGCUCAUCGAAAGUAAAACUUCCUGCAACUAUUCAUCAAAAGGAACGUGUUCAAGAAAAUUAUUAUCCUACUGACGAUGAGGAUUCUGAUGGUAGCGAAGAUGAUGACAAUGAAGUUGUGGUACGUUCUUGA